AUGUCCUCCACCAGAGACGAAGUUGCCAUCAUCGGCGGCGGCAUCGCGGGCAUGGCCCUCGCCCUCGCCCUGGCAGCACACUCCAUCCCCUCCACGAUCUACGAGAUGCGCCCAGAAACACCACUGCCGCACCACGCGGGCGGCGGGAUGAUGCUCUGCCCCAACGCGCUGCGCAUCCUCGACGGGCUGGACCUCUACACGCCGCUGCUGGCGCAGGCGUACCCGUUCGACUACGUCUACUACAAGGACCGCGACGAGAAGACGGUCGACCGGUACCCGAUGGGCGGCGAGGCGCAGUUCGGGUACCGCGCCGUGCGGGUGUUCCGGCAGGAGCUGGUGGAGCUGCUGGCGGGCGCGUGCCGGGAGCGCGGCGUGCGGAUCGAGCACGGGAUGCGGUUUGUCAAAGUCGUCGAGGAGACGGAGAAUAGCGUGGAGUUCGAGUUUGAGGGCGGCGGGAGACGUAGUGCGGGCUUGCUCGUGGGCGCGGACGGGAUACACUCCAAGGUGCGGAGGGCGCACGUCGCGCCCGAGGCGAAGCUGGGGUUCGUCGGGCUCGCGGCGCUGACGUUCGCGGUGCCGACGGCGGAGCUGGCGAUCCCGGCGGACAAGGAGUACGAGUUCCCCGUGAGCGUGGCGAGCGCGAACGGGGUGUUUGUGCUGGCGCCGCAGCGGCCGGACGGUGGGGAGAUGCUAGCGGGGACGCAGGUGCCGUUCGACGAGGCGCAGGCCGGGCGCGGGCGGGAGGAGCUGCUCGCGGACAAGGAGGGGCUGAAGGCGCGGCUGCGGCGGGACGAGGAGCGGUGGCCUGGGAUUGUGAGGUCUGCGCUCGGGGCGAUCCGCGACGAGACGAUGAACGUGUGGCCGUUUUACAUGCUGCCGCCGCUGGAGCGGUGGACGUCGUCGGUGGAAGAGGGGAGGCGGGUGCUGGUGUUGGGGGACGCGGCGCAUGCGAUUCCGCCGACGACGGGGCAGGGCGCGUCGAUGGCGUUGGAGGAUGCGGCGAGUCUGGCGUUGGUGUUGAAGAGGGUGAAGGAGAGCGGCGGUCGGAUCGGGUGGGCGGAGGGGGUUGGGUUCUGGGAGGCGAUGAGGAGGGAGAGGCUCGGGGAGUUGGUGGUGUUGACGAAGAAGCUGAACAACAAGAGGCUGCCGCCGCAGGAGAUGGAGAAGCUCGGGAGGGACGAGGUCUGGUUCGAGGAGGGAGAGGGCCAGAUGAGGUGGUUGUAUGUUCCCGAGAUUGAGCAGCGGGUCGAGGAGUGGGUGAAGGGGAAGAUGGAGUAG